AUGGGUUCUUCAUGCACUAACUCUUCUGUCAAUGGCUUCUACAACUUCCUUACACAAGGACUCAAUGAGCUUCACCAAUCCUUUCUCUCACACAACUUCAUGUCAAUCCAAUUCCUUUCAGAGGUGAUCUCAUCUCUCCAAUCCUUCCAUUCCCAACUAACCAUUUUGGUCCGGAAGCUUCGUUUGCCUGUUGGAGGAAAUUGGUUGAAUGAAUACAUGGACGAAAGUUCAAGGCUUUGGGAUGCUUGCCAUGUACUCAAAUCUGCCAUUUCUGGAAUGGAGAACUAUUACUCAUCUGCCUCUAAUAUUGCUUCUUCUUUAGAUGGUUACCAUCAUUUCACUCCAGAACUUUCACGUCAGGUUAUUCGAGGUAUAAAUGUUUGUCAAAGGGAGAUUCUUGGAUUGGAAGAGGAAAACAAAAGCUUAUUGGAAACAAGGAUACAACCAAUGUUGUCCCAAUGUAUGAACCAGAACAUCUCCAUGGAAUCAAAAUUGAAUGGAUUCAGUGGCUUCAGAGGUGUUCUUUAUGCAAUGAGGAGUGUUAGUUCAUUGCUUCUGAUGAUUCUGCUUUGUGGGCUUGCUUAUUGUUGGUCUUCCUCUUGCUUUCACCAAGGAGGGUACGAAGGACACAUGGUUUUUGGAUCUGGUUUCAUGGUUUCUAUGACUAUAUUGCAGCAGAAAGUGACAGAGGAGAUAGACCACAUUGAUGGGCAGCCAGGGAUUCUUCUGUUUGAAUUCCAACAAGCAAAGUUAGCCAUGGAGGAAUUGAAGGUGGAGUUGGAGAGAAUAGCAGGUUAUGAAGCACAAGCUGAUAUUCAAGAAAAAGUAGACAAUGUUAAGAGUUGUUUUGGGUUGUUGAGAUGUGGGGUAGAGACUAUAACAGGACAACUUGAUGAUUUCUUUGAUGAAAUAGUGGAAGGAAGGAAGAAGCUUUUGGACAUGUGUAGUCAUAGGUAG